CCUACCUGUGGGUAUAAAACGCUUCACGGCAACAAAUUUUACUCAUUUCUGCUAUAUCUGUUUACAGUAACUAGCCGAACAUAUCAAGAUGUCUGGACGUGGUAAGGGAGGAAAAGUAAAGGGAAAGGCAAAGAGCCGAUCAUCCCGUGCCGGACUUCAGUUCCCAGUCGGACGUAUCCACCGUCUGCUCCGCAAGGGAAACUAUGCCGAGCGAGUUGGAGCCGGAGCACCAGUGUACUUGGCUGCUGUCCUCGAGUACUUAGCUGCUGAAGUUUUGGAAUUGGCAGGAAACGCCGCCAGAGAUAACAAGAAGACCAGGAUCAUCCCCCGUCAUCUCCAGUUGGCCAUCAGGAACGACGAGGAGUUGAACAAACUGCUGUCCGGUGUCACCAUCGCACAGGGUGGUGUUCUGCCCAACAUCCAGGCUGUUCUUCUCCCCAAGAAGACCCAGAAACCCGCCAAGUAGACGGUUCCAGUGUCAUUCUGCACAAACAAAAACGGCCCUUUUCAGGGCCACCCA